AUGGGAAAUUCUAAUGUUGCAGGACAGAGUGAAAAAAUGUUAACAGCAGCUCAGUUGAUGAGAGAAAGAGAAGGAAAAGUUUCAGUAACUAAGUUAAAAUCAUUCAUGCAGGCAAUUGGUAUGCAUGAAACUGGAAGAUUAAAUGAAAGUUUAUGGAAAAAUAUAUUGCAAGAAAAGAAAGGUUGGCUGAGAGAUAAUAAUAGGCUGGUGCAAGCAGAGUUAUGGUGGAAGUUGUCUGCAGAUGUGACUGAUGGAAAGUUGAAAGAAAUUGAGAAGAAUGGUCAAUAUUGGUAUAGUAAGAUGGAGGAUUUGGAUGUGAUAAGGAACAAAGAACAGGACAGUUUGCCAUGCGGCAUCCCUUCCCCCACCACAUCUGUUGAAAGUAUGGGAUAUCCAACAUCAAUGUUGGAUAUGCGAAAUCUCAUGCACCCAGUUUCCCCUAUUAUACCAUCUCCGCCAAAUCCACCCCGACCAAAUAUAUCCUAUCGUACGCCCAGGUACCUAACCCCUGGAGCUGCUCCUCUCAGAGGUCCAAAUGACAUCCCUGAUGAACCUGUGUAUCGCCCUUGGUCCCCUAGUGAGAUGCUGGCCAUGAUGAGUAGAAUCCCCAAUCCAGAGGACUUACCCAUGCCAUUCUGUAGGGAGUUAGCGAAGAUAAGGAAAGCGUUCUCAUGUUGCUGGAGAGAUCUAGAAGAUUUAGUCCAGUGUAAAGCUGGUGACUCCUUCUCUCAGAUUAUAGCCUCUGCAGUGGGAUCUUAUGAGGGAGAUGAUACUACUUUGUUGUCCGAUAAGGCCGUGGAGAACUUUCAUACGUUAAAAUUAGUCAUCAGUUCGACACCAGCAUUGGGUCUACCGGACUACAAUAAAGAUUUCAGACUUUAUUGCACUGAAUGUCUUGGCCAUGCUUCAGCUGUUCUCACACAAGCUAGGGCUGGCCAACAGCGUCCAGUGGCGUAUUACUCUGCCAGACUCGAUCCAGUGGCUAGAGGAGCGCCAUCUUGUGUCCGUGCGGUAGUGGCUGUACAACUCAUGCUUGACAAGAGCUCUGAGAUUGUGCUCAAUUAUCCAAUCACUGUUUUUGUCCCUCAUGACAUCUCGGCCAUUCUCACACAAGUACAGCCUAAACACCUGUCCACUGCCAGACACCUUAGACUAGAAUGUGCACUACUUAUGCCACCAAAUGUCACCAUCAAAAGGUGCACAACUUUGAAUCCAGCUACUCUGCUGCCUCUGGAGGGGGGAGGGAGUAGUGGUAUGAGUCAUCUAGCUGAAUAUCUUCCUGACCUGGAAGAUAAACACGACUGUCUCCAAUUAAUGUCCCAAGAGACAGCAGGGUUUGAUCACGUGGUAGAUACUCCCUUAGGAAACCCAGAUUUAGAGCUCUUUGUGGAUGGAUCGCGGUAUGGUGUCCAGGGGAAGUUUUAUACUGGGUAUGCAGUUGUCACUCAGCACGAUACGAUCAAAGCGGAAUCACUGCCCUCUCACAAGUCUGCACAGGAAGCUGAACUUAAGGCUUUGGAAGAGGCCUGCAGGUAUGCGGAGGGAAAAACUGCAAACAUCUAUACAGAUUCCAGGUAUGCUUUUGGGAUCACCCAUGAUUAUGGUCGUGAAAUUAUGGGAGCCCUGGGUAUUGAACAAGCCUUCCAUACUGCGUAUCACCCACAAAGCAGCGGUAGAGUAGAGCGACUCAACGGCACAAUUAAAUCAAAAAUACAGAAGGCCAUGGCUGAACUGAAAAAGCCAUGGACAGAGUGUCUACCCUUGGCACUUUUCUCCAUCCGGUAUACACCUAACCGGAAGACAGGCCUGAGUCCAUAUGAAGUACUCUUUGGGAAUGCCCCUAGACUAGGACUCUAUUUUCCACAGCAACUCCAGAUGCAGCAUAAUAGUCUUUCAAAGUACGUUAUCUGUCUUACAAACAGACUGUCUAAUGUGUAUUCCCAAGUUUUUGCUUCUCUUCCAGAUCCAGACAGCAUAGAGGCAACUCAUUCUCUACAACCUGGAGAUUGGGUAGUGGUGAAACGACACGUGCGGAAAGUUCUAGAACCACGAUUUGAGGGUCCACAUCAAGUACUGUUAACCACCGCCACUGCUGUCAAGUUGGAAGGAAAGCCUAAUUGGGUCCACGCAUCACACUGCAAAAAAGUACCAGAACCUCAAGUGCUGGAAUGACUGCAAGGGCCAGAUUCGUGAAUUAUA